AUGGGGAAAUCUAAAAAGAUGCCGGGGACAGUGGACACCACUGAGGCAGACAAGGCAACACCAAAGUCUAUUAUUAUCUACAGAGGUGAGGUAGGAGGAAGCGUUCGUUCGCUCAUGCAUGAUUGGCGAGCCGUAUUCCUCCCAUGGAGUAGUAAAAAGCUCCGCGGGGAGAACCGUUCUCUCAAGGAUUUUCUUGUUAUUGCCUCAUCACUUAGCGUCUCGCACUUGCAGUUAUUCACCGCUCCAUCGUAUGGCACAUCCCUUCGUAUCAUGCGCUUCUCAAAUGGUCCGACGUUAACGUUUCGCGUGCUUUCCUUUACUCUCAGAGAUGAGAUUGUGGCAAAACAGCGACGACCCGCAAACCUCGGCAAUGCGGUGUGGAAUGUAGCCCCAAUUGUUGUGUUGAACAACUUCACUCACCCCGAUGCGCGGCUCCGGCCUGAGGUACCACUGCUUGAGACAACAUUUAAGGGGAUGUUCCCAACGGUUAAUAUUCAACUCGUGAAGAACACGGAUAUUCAACGUGUUUGCCUAUUUCACUACGAUCAUGUGGAGCACGUUGUGGAAGUCCGCCACUAUUAUAUCAAUGCUAAGGCUGUUGGUGUAAGUAAAACGGUGAAGAAGCUUCUUGAGCGCCGGUGCCCGACGAAGCUUGGGCAGUUAGAGUCCAUAGACGAAGUUCUAGAGCGCGAGGAUGUUUGGUCUGACACUGAUGGUGAGGGCGAGGAAGUUCCGCUGGCAGUGCCAUUUCGAAAGCAUCGUGAACAAUGUCGCAUUAAGCUUCAGGAAAUUGGGCCUCGCCUCACGUUACAGCUGGUGAAGGUGACAAAUGGAUUCGCGACGGGCGAGGUUUUGUUUCACAGGUUUUUGAGAAAGUCUGCGGAAUUGGUCGCACGGGAUGAGGCAAGGGUUCGCGCCAAGCGCAACGAGCGAGCGAAGCGGAAGGCAGAGCAGGAUGAAAACGUUGCACGGAAGAAAAGCAAGCGAGAGGAACGACUUCAGGCAAAACGACAGCGGCGAGAAGAGGCAAUGAGGCAGCAGGUGGAAAAUCCACUGGAGGUUGCAGACGGCGGCUACGGAGCUGAUAUGGACUAA